CAGCUGGGCGGAGGCCCGAGGUUUCCAAACGCUUCGCGGCGCCAUGGGCUGAAAACUAAACCGAGAUGGAAUCUCCCAGUCUGAACCGGUUUGAGCCGGUUCCGAGUCUGUGGCACUAGGAGGGGGAGAAACGCUGCGCUCACUCCCUGCCGCCGCCGCUGCUGCCUCCGCCGCUGUGUGUGUGACCUGCUCACAGGGGAGCCCGCAGGGGGAGCCGCCGACACAUCCACGGGGGCAAAGUUUAGUGCGAGCGGGGGGGAGAUGGGGGUGAACUGAGCACCGGCCAGAUCAGGGGGAGCAGCGGGGGCCCGGGCAGGCAGAGACUCAGCCAGAGGAGCCCGGGGCCUGGGGAGCGAGAGACCCGGGGCCCACCAACGCAGCGACUCAGCGGGGCCUGGGGAACUAGGGAAUCAAGGAGCUCCAGGAAAGCAACGAGCCGGGGCUUGGGGAGCCAGAGCGAAGCAGCCGGGAAGGGAGGGGCUCCAUCCCCUGCGCUGGGCGGCCUUGGCCCUGGAGCGGGGAGCUGGGGGCCGAGUCCUGGUAGGGCGAGCCAGGGGCAGCGGGGAGUAAGUGAGCCUGGCCAAGGGGCAGCAGCAGCAGCCCGCGCUGAGCGUGUGUCAUACAACCAGCCCCGUGCACGCUUGUCUUGGAGGCGGUGGGGGAAGAAGGUUGACACCAAUAAACGCUCAGUAGGGGAGAGGGCGCGCGCGCGUGUGUGAUUUCUCCUAUUUUUUUUUUUUUUUUUUUUUUUUGGUGUGGUUGGAAACUUCACCCUCCCGCCCGUAUUUUUUUUUAAAGGCAGAGGCUGUAAUAACUAUUUAGUAAUCUAUGCCAGCAAUUAUGACAAUGUUAGCAGACCAUGCAGCUCGUCAGCUGCUGGAUUUCAACCAGAAAUUGGAUAUCAAUCUCUUGGACAACGUGGUGAAUUGCCUGUACCAUGGAGAAGGAGCCCAGCAAAGGAUGGCACAGGAAGUCUUGACUCACUUAAAAGAACAUCCUGAUGCAUGGACCAGAGUUGAUACUAUUUUGGAGUUCUCUCAGAAUAUGAACACCAAAUAUUAUGGACUUCAAAUUUUGGAAAAUGUGAUAAAAACAAGAUGGAAAAUUCUUCCAAGGAACCAGUGUGAAGGAAUAAAAAAGUAUGUUGUCGGCUUAAUUAUCAAGACCUCAUCUGAUCCAACAUGUGUAGAAAAAGAAAAAGUGUAUAUUGGAAAACUGAAUAUGAUUCUUGUUCAGAUACUGAAACAGGAAUGGCCCAAACACUGGCCAACAUUCAUAAGUGAUAUCGUAGGGGCAAGCCGCACAAGUGAGAGUCUUUGCCAGAACAAUAUGGUGAUCCUUAAACUGUUAAGUGAAGAAGUUUUUGACUUCUCCAGUGGACAGAUAACUCAAGUGAAAGCCAAGCAUUUGAAAGACAGUAUGUGCAACGAAUUCUCUCAGAUAUUUCAACUGUGUCAGUUUGUGAUGGAAAAUUCCCAAAACGCUCCUCUUGUUCAUGCGACUUUGGAAACUUUGCUACGAUUCCUUAACUGGAUUCCACUGGGAUACAUUUUUGAGACCAAGUUAAUCAGCACAUUAAUAUACAAGUUUUUAAAUGUUCCCAUGUUUCGAAACGUCUCUUUGAAGUGCCUCACAGAGAUUGCAGGUGUCAGUGUAAGCCAGUACGAGGAACAGUUUGUAACCCUCUUUACGCUGACCAUGAUGCAGUUGAAACAGAUGCUUCCUUUAAACACCAAUAUUCGACUUGCAUACUCCAAUGGAAAAGAUGAUGAACAGAACUUCAUUCAGAAUCUCAGCUUGUUUCUCUGCACGUUUCUCAAGGAACAUGGUCAACUUAUAGAAAAGAGAUUAAAUCUGAGGGAAACGUUAAUGGAGGCUCUUCACUAUAUGUUGCUGGUGUCAGAAGUCGAAGAAACUGAAAUUUUUAAGAUUUGUCUUGAAUACUGGAAUCAUUUGGCUGCUGAACUGUAUAGAGAGAGUCCAUUUUCAACAUCUGCUUCUCCAUUGCUUUCGGGAAGUCAACAUUUUGAUGUUCCUCCCAGGAGACAGCUUUAUCUGCCCGUUCUGUCAAAGGUCCGGUUGUUAAUGGUUAGCCGUAUGGCUAAGCCAGAAGAAGUGCUGGUUGUGGAAAACGAUCAGGGGGAAGUCGUACGAGAAUUCAUGAAGGAUACAGAUUCUAUAAACUUGUACAAGAAUAUGAGGGAGACGCUGGUUUAUCUUACGCAUCUGGAUUAUGCAGAUACUGAACGAAUAAUGACAGAAAAACUUCACAAUCAAGUGAAUGGAACAGAAUGGUCGUGGAAGAAUUUGAAUACUCUGUGUUGGGCUAUUGGGUCAAUCAGUGGAGCAAUGCAUGAAGAGGAUGAAAAACGUUUUCUUGUUACAGUAAUUAAGGAUCUUCUGGGACUCUGUGAACAAAAGCGAGGGAAAGAUAACAAAGCUAUUAUUGCAUCAAAUAUCAUGUAUAUAGUAGGUCAAUAUCCACGGUUUUUGAGAGCUCACUGGAAAUUUUUGAAGACAGUUGUCAACAAGCUAUUUGAAUUCAUGCAUGAAACCCAUGAUGGUGUCCAGGAUAUGGCUUGUGAUACCUUCAUAAAAAUAGCACAGAAGUGCCGCCGACACUUCGUUCAGGUUCAAGUGGGAGAAGUCAUGCCAUUCAUUGACGAGAUCCUGAACAAUAUUAAUACAAUCAUUUGUGAUCUUCAGCCACAGCAGGUGCAUACAUUCUAUGAAGCUGUUGGAUACAUGAUUGGGGCACAGACUGACCAAACUGUACAGGAGCAUCUGAUAGAAAAAUACAUGCUGCUCCCUAAUCAAGUGUGGGACAGCAUAAUUCAGCAGGCAACAAAAAAUGUUGAUAUUCUAAAGGAUCCUGAAACAGUUAAACAGCUCGGUAGCAUUCUGAAAACAAAUGUAAGAGCAUGUAAAGCAGUUGGACACCCCUUUGUGAUUCAGCUUGGAAGAAUUUAUUUAGAUAUGCUGAAUGUGUACAAGUGCCUAAGUGAAAAUAUUUCUGCAGCUAUUCAGGCUAAUGGUGAAAUGGUUACCAAACAACCUUUGAUUAGAAGUAUGAGGACAGUAAAAAGGGAAACUCUAAAACUAAUUUCUGGUUGGGUGAGCAGGUCCAACGAUCCGCAGAUGGUAGCUGAAAACUUUGUUCCUCCUUUGUUGGAUGCAGUUCUCAUUGAUUACCAGAGAAAUGUUCCAGCUGCUAGAGAACCUGAAGUACUCAGUACAAUGGCUAUCAUUGUAAAUAAAUUGGGGGGACACAUUACUGCUGAAAUACCUCAGAUAUUUGAUGCUGUUUUUGAAUGCACGUUAAAUAUGAUCAAUAAGGACUUUGAAGAAUAUCCUGAACAUAGAACAAACUUUUUCUUGCUACUCCAGGCAGUAAAUUCUCAUUGCUUUCCAGCAUUCCUGGCCAUUCCACCUGCACAGUUCAAACUUGUUUUGGAUUCUAUUAUUUGGGCUUUCAAACACACAAUGAGAAAUGUUGCAGAUACAGGUCUUCAGAUACUUUAUACUCUAUUACAGAAUGUUGCACAAGAGGAGGCUGCUGCUCAGAGUUUUUAUCAGACUUAUUUCUGUGACAUUCUUCAGCAUAUUUUUUCUGUUGUGACAGACACUUCACAUACUGCUGGUUUGACAAUGCAUGCAUCAAUUCUUGCGUACAUGUUCAAUUUAGUAGAAGAAGGAAAAAUAAGUACACCUCUAAACCCUGGAAAUCCAUUGAACAACCAAAUGUUUAUUCAGGAGUAUGUUGCUAAUCUUCUUAAAUCUGCAUUUCCUCAUCUGCAAGAUGCACAGGUUAAGCUAUUUGUAACAGGACUCUUCAGUUUAAAUCAAGAUAUUCCUGCCUUCAAGGAACACCUUAGGGAUUUCCUGGUCCAAAUUAAGGAAUUUGCAGGUGAAGACACAUCCGAUUUAUUCCUGGAAGAAAGAGAAACAGCCCUUCGACAGGCUCAGGAGGAGAAACAUAAGCUUCAGAUGUCUGUCCCUGGCAUCCUUAAUCCACAUGAAAUUCCUGAGGAAAUGUGUGAUUAAAAUGCAUAAAACCAGUUAUGCAGUUUUCUUUCUGUACAGCUGCUUUGUUGUGGUAGAAGAAAACAGCACUUGGAUAUUGACCAAAAUGAUGCCAAUUUGUAAAUUUAAAAUGUCACCUAGUGGCCCUUUUUCUUAUGUGUUUUUUGUAUAAGAAAUUUUCUGUGAAAUAUCCUUCCAUUGUUUAAGCUUUUGUUUUGGUCAUCUUUAUUUAGAUUUGCAUGAAGUUGAGAAUUAAGGCAUUUUAAAAAAAAAAAAAUACUUCAUGCCCAUUUUGUGGCUAAGGGGAAAAGAGAGGCAAAACAUAACUUGUUAAGUCUAUUGCAAAAUUACACAUUUUUCCUAUAAGAGUACCAAUUUUUAAUGAGGGGAUCAUUUUCUUUCUAACCUGCCCUGCAGUCUAGAAGAAAAGGUAAUGAGUAAAACAUAUUGAGUUGAUUGUUAAGCAGAGGAGUAUAGUGCUGCAUUACCUGAACAGUUAGCAGCUUUUGGACUGAAUGGUAAGGCUAGGCUACAUGUAUUUGCAAGUAAUAUGACAAGUUUGCAUCAAGAUCAUGUGCAUAUCAUCCCAUUGUAAAGCAACUUCAAAAGAGUAUGGGAACACAGUACAGUUAGUUAUUUUUACACAGUUCUUUUGUUUUUGUGUGUGUGCUGUCGCUUUGUCGACAACAGCUUUUUGUUUUCCUCAAUGAGGAGUGUUGCUCAUUUGUGAGCCUUCAUUAACUCGAAGUGAAAUGGUUAAAAUAUUUAUCCUGUUAGAAUAGGCUGCAUCUUUUUAACAACUCAUAAAAAGAGAACUCUGGCUUUUGAGAUGACUUAUACUAAUUUACAUUGUUUACCAUGCUGUAGUGCUUUAAGAACACUACUUAAAAGCAAAAUAAAAUUGGUUUACAUUUA